GUCCAUCCAUAAUCAGCUCUGUGUGCGCAGCUGUCUCUUCGCGGUGCGUUUCAGUAGUGUGUUAAAAUCCCAAGAUAUGGCAAAUUCUCUUUCAAUCGCUUUGGGAUGAUAUCUCAGCUGUAGGUGACUAUUUCUGCUACUCUUCUGCCUGCUGGAUCAAACAUAAAGCGGCACAUUGUGCCAGUUCAGCACCAUGCAUCUAUGGAGCUUAUUUCCUAUGUUGCUGUUCUUCCUCUGUGUAAGUUUUCUUCCAGUGUGUCUUGGUGCUCAUGGGAGGUAUGCUCAGAAGUUGCUGACUGAUUUGUUCGCUAACUACACCAACGCUCUAAGACCGGUGGAGGACACGGACCACAUCAUCAAUGUCACACUGCAGAUCACCCUCUCACAAAUCAUCGACAUGGAUGAGCGUAACCAGAUCCUGACCACGUACCUGUGGAUCCGGCAGGUGUGGACGGACGCCUACCUCACCUGGAAGAAGGAGGACUACGAUGGUCUCGAUACCAUCCGCAUACCUAGUAGUUAUGUAUGGAGGCCUGAUAUUGUCCUAUAUAACAAUGCUGAUGACCAGUUCUCCAGCUCCAUGGAGACCAACGUGGUGAUCCGUGACGAUGGACAGAUCAUGUGGGACCAGCCGGCCAUCACUAAGAGCUCGUGCUCCGUGGAUGUGUCCUUUUUCCCGUUUGAUGCCCAGCAGUGUCGCCUAACCUUCGGCUCCUGGACACACAACGGCAACCAGAUGGACCUGGUCAACGCCCUGGACAGCGCUGACCUGGCUGACUUCGUGGCCAACGUAGAGUGGGAGGUUCUGGGCAUGCCAGCCAAGAAGAACGUGAUCCUGUACGGCUGCUGCUCAGACCCCUACCCAGACAUCACCUACACCCUGCACCUGAAACGUAGGGCCUCCUUCUACAUUUUCAACCUGCUCAUCCCCUGUAUGAUGAUCUCCUUCCUGGCCCCGCUGGGCUUCUACCUGCCAGCUGACUCUGGGGAGAAAGUGUCCCUGGGGGUCACCGUGCUGCUGGCCCUGACCGUAUUCCAGCUGCUGGUGGCAGAGAGCAUGCCACCCUCGGAGAACGUACCACUCAUAGGCAAGUACUACAUUGCUACCAUGACGAUGAUCACUGCGUCGACCGCCCUGACCAUCUUCAUCAUGAACAUCCAUCACUGUGGUCCUGAGGCGCGUCCCGUCCCUGAGUGGGCCCGCCGCUUCAUCCUGCACUACCUGGCACGGAUCUGCUUUGUCUACGAGGUGGGAGAGAACUGCUUCACCGGCACCCCCAAGAAACGGGCCCCCCCUGAGCCCUCACCUGACCACAAUAUCAACCCCCAAACCAGCAGUACCAACUGGGAUGUGAACGGGCAGUCCUUGGGAGGCAUGGGAGGGAGGGGUGGAGAGGAAGGGGCUGGGGUGGGCGUAGAGACACAGGAAGAGAAAGAGGAGGGGGAUAGACUGGAUGUGAAAAGAGGCUCAUACCAAACGUUUGAGCCCAGCUGGUGGAAUGACGACCUGUUUGUGAGUAUAGAUGCUGGAGAGGAGGAGGAGGAUGGAGCAGCAGGAGGUGAGAAAGAAGGAGGAGGAGAGGCAGAAAAAGAGAAGGGUAUCAAAGGAGAAAGUGGGUGCAUGGGAGGAGCAGUGGAGACAGAAAGAGGCAAAGGUGGAGGAGGAGAGAGAGGAGAUGCAAGAGGAGCAGGAGAGAGAGGCUGUAUGGGAGAGGGUGGAGAAAAAAGGAAAGGAUCAUUAGGAGGCGCAGAGGCUAGGGAUAGAAGGGAGGUGGUGGUGAGAGCCCAGUGUGUGUGUCAACACCAGGCGCUACGCAGGAACAUCGAGUACAUCGCCAACUGCUACCAUGAUCAGCGCUCCACGCAGAGACGUACGGGUGAGUGGAGGAAGGUGGCCAAGGUCAUGGACCGACUCUUCAUGUGGCUCUUCUUCAUCAUGGUCUUCCUCAUGAGCCUCCUCAUCAUGGGCAAGGCUGUCUGAGCAUGUGCAGAGAGAAGAGGGAGAAGGCUCCGGGUACAAGUUGCCCUUAGGCACAGAUCUAGGAUCAGAUCAUACCCUUCCCAAAUACUGACCUUGACCAUUAAGGGGGAUCCCAAACAGACCUUAGAUCAGUUUCUAAUGGCAACUUUAUCCUACUCCAAGGAGAUACUGUGUAUGUGGAAAUGUGUUUUUGUACCUAGUAUACUAGCUGUUUAUGUUCCAAGGCUGUGAGGAAGAGACUUAAUUGAUCUCUUGAUACAGAGGUGGGGAACUUGGCAGUUUCUCUGUAUCUGUCACGAAUUCAGCUGAGGCUGCCCCUCCUCCUUGCUCAGGCAGGUUUUGGCGUUCGUCGUCACCGGCUUACU